GUGGACGGAAGAAUUUGACUAACAGUUCUAAAUAAGGCGCCCCGAGGAACAGCAUACACUUGGCCAUCUUCGCCUGUGCUCACACCAGUCUAGCGGCGUCUACUCCGGAGUGUCCUGUUUUUAAUGUCAAGUAAAUACGGAGAGGUUGUUGCCCUUGACAUACUAGAGUGCGAAAGUGACAUUCGAGUUGUUCGGUAACCUCGUAGUGAAACACGAAGAUGCUUCGUGCAGAGGAUUACGCACGGUGUUUCUCGUGAGUAAAUCAAAGCGUCGCGUGCAAAGGAAUUGACUUUUACCUUCUAGCAAACUACCAUAAGCUAAGCGGCUAUCCGUUUUACUGGGCCUUUUUCAUGUAUUGGAAAAAUGAGGUUUUGGCCCCUCUAUCAGAGGGAAAUCAAUUUCUAUCCGAAGGAAUUCCCGCGAAACAGGUGAUUUCUCCAGAUUCGCAGACAACACCGAGAUCAACACGUUGUGUGGACUCCAAACAGGGACAUACAAUGUCGCACUCAGACGGAGAGUCGCACAGAUCAAACAUGGAUAAAGAGGACCCUCGUUCAUCCCCCAGUCCUCCAUCAACACCCUCCGUCUGCUCGCCCAUAUCGUCGUCCUCCUCUGUGCCGUCCACGGGGAAGAACGUGUGCGCGAGCUGCGGGCUGGAGAUUCUAGACCGAUAUCUUCUGAAGGUGAAUAACUUAAUUUGGCAUGUAAGGUGUCUGGAAUGUUCCGUCUGCAGAACGUCAUUGCGUCAACACAGCAGCUGCUACAUCAAAAAUAAAGAAAUCUUCUGUAAAAUGGAUUAUUUCAGUAGGUUUGGUACGAAGUGUGCGCGGUGCGGCCGGCAGAUCUAUGCGAGCGACUGGGUGCGGCGGGCGCGCGGCAACGCCUACCACCUGGCCUGCUUCGCCUGCUUCUCCUGCAAGAGGCAGCUGUCCACCGGGGAGGAGUUCGGCCUGGUGGAGGAGAAGGUCCUCUGCCGCAUCCACUACGACACCAUGGUGGAGAACCUCAAGAGAGCUGCCGAGACCGGCAGUGGACUCACGCUAGAAGGGGCGGUCCCGUCGGAACAGGACAGCCAACCGAAGCCCGCCAAGCGAGCACGCACCUCUUUCACAGCGGAACAGCUUCAGGUGAUGCAGGCUCAGUUUGCUCAGGACAACAACCCUGAUGCCCAGACGCUGCAGAAACUAGCAGACAUGACCGGACUCAGCCGACGAGUCAUACAGGUUUGGUUUCAGAACUGCCGGGCGCGGCAUAAAAAGCACACCCCCCAGCACAGCGGGGGGCCCCAGGGCCACCCCCAGGCUAGGAUGCCCCCCUCCCUGCCUGACGAGCUGCAUUACUCGCCCUUCGGCAGCCCCGAGAGAGCACGCAUGGUGGCCCUGCACGGUUACAUAGAGAGUAAGUGGAACAACGGUUACAUAGAGAGUCACCCCUUCUCAGUGCUGACGUCACAGAGUCUCUCCCACCAGGCCAUGGCACUUCCUCAGCUCCCCCUCAGCCGCUAGCCCUCCUGUCCCGAAGACGACACGCCACGCCACGCCACGAUGCAUACCCCAGCGCAGCGCAGUGCAGUGCAGCCAGGCUGCUCCAUGCCACAGACGCUCCCUCCCUCCCUCCUCUGCUCUGCUCUGCUCCACUCCAGCUCAGCUCAGGCCAGAAGAGGCUGCUGCCCCUGGGGAGGAUCAAGACGUGUCAUCACCCCCCCUCCCCUCCCUAUGGUUCUUUCAUGUGCUCUCCUCCUAAUCUACCACAAGCACCCCUACCGCUGCCUUCCAUCGCAUCAACCACCUCAAGCUCUCCUGGCUGUCAGCGCCUCACCUCUGAACUGUCCGUGGAGAGUAUGUGUUUUCUCCCUCCCUCUCCCUCUCCCCCUUCCUCCGUCCUUCGUCUCGUUUUAUGGUGUUGACUCAGUGUGUGGACUCAACUGUGACCUGUCGGACUUGCUUUUAAAAACAAAAACAAAACAAAAAAAAGAAGUACACACACACACACGUCUGGACUGGAGGAGCGACGCUCUUAAGGCAACAGACACACAGACUUCUUUUUUUCCACCUAAGGAGAGAGAGCCCCCCCCCCAUGGGACUGGACUCUUAGAGAGCCUCGAACCCCCACUGAUUCCCAUGCACACACUGUACCACAUAAUGACUCCUCUCAUCGCUGCCAGAGCUGCCCCUUCCUCCUCCUCCUCUUCCUCCUUCUCCUCUCACGCUCUCUCUUACUCACUCUCUCUCUCACACACCCACCCACCCCAUCUCUCGGUCAAAGACACAUUUCAAGACCAUUUUUAUGUGGAGAACUUUUUCUUUGGCCAAAGUCAAAACAAAAGGAAUGUAGUGGUUGUGCAUCUCCAGAUGCCAGAUUUUGCUGUGAACAAAAAAAUAAAACAGAGAAAAAAAUCAAUACAACACAUCAGAACAUCAAAAGCACACUAAACAGAGAAAAUGGGAAUGAUGUUUAAGUUAUAUGUUUAAGGACAGAAUGGUGAAGGUAAGAUACCCCCGUGUAGUCCAAGCAGAGAAGAAGAAAAUAAAUGAUCAUAUUAUAAGUGUUGUUUUCAUCUGAAUUGUAUGGACUUGUACGUGGAGUUUGACAUGGUUUGCUAUUGUCUCCGCCCUCGGUAGAAUCAGCUCACAUACUGCAGAUCAGAGGUGUCAAAAGUAAAAGUUAAAAAAAGAAAUACUGUUUCCUUCCAACGCAGGUAACUUAUACGAGUAACCAGUCGACCUGUGUACUUGUCUUGAUCAGCUUACACAGCAUCAGUUGGUGGUGGGUCCUUGUUAGGUUUUUAGUGUUCUUUUUUUAGUAACAACACAAUCUCAUUAGCUGCAAUGGAGUAAAUGGUGUAACAGCUAUGUAAUAUCAUGUGCUAGUGUUGUACUUACACCACGAAUUUACUUUUACUUUUGACGACUCUGCUGCAGAUAUAUGGAUGUUCCUUCAUUAUCAUUCCUCAUACUUGCCACCAUUAAGAAAUCUCUCAGAACUUUGAUGUGAAUGAAAAUAAAAAGACAUUAGAGUUUGUUAACAAAACUAGCCAGAAAGAGCAUAAUAUUGUGUCUUACAUUAUUUUAUCGUGGCAUGAGAUACGUCUUUUCAAAACAAAUUAGUACAGACCAUGACCAACCUCCCUACGAAGUACUUUCCUCUGACAAAUGGCAGAUCUAAAGCAUGAGCGUGCGUGUGCCUUGGUAUGAACUGAUAAUGUGUGUGGAUUUUGUCUGUGUGAUUUGCUGGUGAGAAAUUGAGAAUUGGGUCAAAAUAAACUAACCACUCCAGUAUACCAGAGCAUGAUAUCAUAAUGAUACCGUGUGCAUCUAUUUCAAAGACAAUAUAAUUGUGUUUUCCAUGGUUGUCAGUAAAAGACAUAAAAUUACUGUUUCUUUUAACAUAAAUAGACCCAGUAAAUAUGAUUCAAUAAACAAAUAUGAAUCAACUGCCCUUAGUUUGUAAAUUUGCCGGUUCAUUGACCACCAUGUCUUGUCUAUUUUGUGGUAUCUUAAUCUACCUAGUCUACUUGUGGGAUUUGUAAAUGUGGCAUUCAGGCUGUGGGCUAAAAAAAUAACAAUGAUAACCUCACCAAGUCUUGACCAACCAUCAGCAGAUAUUUCACUUGUGCAUCGAUAUUAAGUCAGGGACAUUGGAGGGGAUAAUUAAGUCAGGGAUAUUGGAGGUGAUGUGACACAAAUUAUCUGAAAAGACGGGAAAUAGUUAUUCAGUAUUUAAUAACAUUUUUUAAAUGAUGUGAGAGCAUAUUUUUAUUUCUUUUACUUCUACAUUUUUAUUAUGUCUUGUAUGAUGUUUACAUACAGUGUACAGAGUGCAAAGUAAGAUGUUUUGCCAACAACAUUUUGACAGAGGAAUAGGAAUAUGUCAUGACCUGUGACUGUCCCAAGUAAGAAAUACAUACUCACAGGGUGGGGUGCUGUGAAAAACAAGGAAACCGAGAGGGAGUGGGAAAGAGACUGAGACAGAGAUAUCCACACUCUAUUUUCUUGUGGACAACCCCUUAAAUUCAACUGCUCUACAAGAGUGUGUGUGUGUUCAAAACAAAUAAGAAACUGUCACAUGUCAAAAAAUAAAACAUGUGGACUAAUAACUCAUGUGGUGGUGUUUUACUUGUCUCCAAGAACAGGUGAUGUCCAUGUGUCUGUCGUCGAUACCUGUGGCUGGAACCUUGUAUGUCUCGCUUAAUUUUUUUUUUUUUUAAACGUAAGAGGGACCAUGUGGUACAGUGCAAUUCCUCAAAGACGGACGGGGCUUGUAAAUACAAACUCCUCCUCCACCAAGCCGAGUAGGUCGAGUAAAAACCUGAACUGUGAACUGAACUGAUUUUGUUGUUUGUUUUGCUUCGGCUGCGAGGACGACCCUCCCGUGUGUGCCACCUCAUCUAAGACUAAAGCGGAUCUGAGAACUCACGUGUGUUACAUGUAUUUAUUCAGGCAGGCAAAAACCUACAAGCACUUUUUUCAUCCUCUCUCUCUCUCCUUAAUCUGGCAACUCUGUACAAUUCUGCUAAUACAAUUGUAAAAGGUGUAAGAAAAGAAAAAAAACGAAUGAAAUACAGAUUGUGUAUGAAAAUGUUUUCGUGUAAUAAAAUGCAAUAAAUAAUACUUUCAAUUUUGAGAAUUUAUUUCUUUUUUUUGCCUGAAAAUUUGAAUUGGACAGGGCUGAUCGGAUUGAAAAAUGAGACAAUUUAACGCCGUUGCUACUCAACACGGAGCCACCAAAAGCAAAAAACAAAUUAUAAGGGGAAAAAAAAUAUUAACACGCCUCGUUCAUUUGUAUGUAUAUGUGUGAGUGAAUGAAUAGUCAGAGAGAGUAUGAGCUGUCAUUUGUCUAUGUAUCCAAAUGAUUGAGUAGAUUCAGAUAUCUGAUGAAAAGCUGUGUGUGUGUUUGUGUGUGCGCGCGCGCGUGUCUGGGUUUAAAUGUCAGUGCUUGUUUUUCUUAAUUAUGUGUGUCCAUGUGUAUGUGUGCAUUUGUGAAUGUGUGUGUAUCUGUCCCUGUGUGUGUUAUGCGAACUGCAUGUCUGUGUGUGUGUGUGUCCAUGCGUGAGCUUUUCUUAGGCAGUCAUGUAUGUGUGUUACAAAACGUGUGUGUGUGUGCGUGUGUGCGUGUGCGUAUGUGCAAACGUUCACUAUGCAGUCUCUGUGUAGGUCUCUGUGUUACAAUGUGUGUGUGUGCUACACGGUCGGUCUGUCUGUCUGUGCCUGAUGCAGGACAGGAAACAAUCAC